GUUUACACUCUCUCUGGCAAAACAUGGCCGCUGACAGACUCACUCGUGGAAGUUAGUCUUCGUGAACUCUUUAAAAUGCGCUAAUCUUAAAUUACAAAACAGACAAUUACGCAGUUACAAAUUCAAUUGAUUAAUUUACCUUGCUGUUAUUUUUUUAUUUUUUUUUAUCUUACCUCCCUGUGGUCCGCUAGCCACUCAAGCUAGGUAGCGAGCUAACUUCUCCAUAGGGAACAAUGACAGCGACUUCUGCAGGUAGCACCAGCUGUCUCACCGCUAAAGGACUGGACAUAAGCCUGGCUGCUCUGCAGCGACAAGACCCAUACAUCAAUAAUAUUGUGGACGUGGCCAGUCAAGUUGCCCUGUAUACUUAUAACAACAGGGCAAAUGAGUGGGAGAAGACAGAGGUGGAAGGCACCCUAUUUAUCUACACAAGACUGGCAUCUCCCAGGCAUGGUUUCACCAUUAUGAACAGACUCAGCAUGGAGAACCUGACGGAGCCAAUCACCAAAGACUUGGACUUUCAGCUUCAGCACCCCUUCCUGCUUUACCGCAACGCACGACUGGUUAUCCACGGAAUUUGGUUCUACGAUAAGGAGGACUGCCGACGCAUUGCGCAGAGGAUGAAGAUUCUGACCCAGCAAGAGCAGGCCCUGGCUCAGUCGCAGGGUGGAUGGUUGUCUCCAGGAGGAAGGGGAGGAGUCGGUGGAGGAGAAGGUGGAGGAGGAGGAGGAGGAGGAGGAGGAGAAGAUGUUGGGGGAGCACUUGCAGGAAUAGUCGGAGGCGGCGGCGGAAGUCAGGCGAAGGCGGUGGACAUAAUCCAGAUGUUGACUAAGGCGCGCACAGAGUAUGACAAGUCUGCAUCAGAGCCAAAGGAGAUAGGAGGCAGCAGUGUUCUUUAUGGAAACCCCAACCUGAUCAAACCAAUACCUGUUAAACCGAGCAAGCAGGACGGUGACACUCAGCCCAAGCCUCUCUCUCUGGCCACUCUUUUCGGCUCUCAACCUCAACACUCACCCAAACGCGACCCAGCCCCUCCCACGGCCGCCCCGGAGACGGGCCCGUCGGCGGAACGGGUGGCGCGGCCCCCCGUGGCCCGCUCACUGAAAUACGACGACGCGGUCAACUCCGGCAGAGGCGCCGCGUCCGCCUCCGCCGCGGUUGGCUGUUCCGACGGAGGGCCGAGGGCUUCGAUUGGACGACAAACGGCCGGGCAGCACGGCGGCAACGCCGUCGCGGCCUUGCUGCCGAGUCCCACUGGCGCCCGUCAGCAGCAGCAGCAGCAGCAGAAUCCUCCCCAGCACUGCCCGGCCAUCCAGAAACUCAUGCAGGGACAGGGGGCAGUCGCGGCGGUGGGCGGUGGGCUUCAGACCCUGUCCGAGUCCCCCGAGAACCGGCUGUGUGACAACGGGGUGCCGCUGGAGCUCCAUCACCAUCUGUACCACCAUCAUCAUCACCACCAGCAGCACCACCUUCAUCAUCACCAUCAACAGCAGCAGCAACAGCAGCUGCAGCAGCAGCAGCAGCUCCAGCUCCAGGCUGACCCAAUCAUGAGACUAUUCCAAACCCAGCCCACGCCGGCCUCCUCCAACCUGCCCGCUUUGCAGCAGAGCCCCCAUCGCCCCUCGCAGCCCUUGCUGGUGGAUUCGGUGUCCUGUUCACACCUGCAAGCGCAACAAAGCCAGCAGCUGUUCUACAGCCUAGUUAAACCUCAGACGGAGGCACAGCACAACCAGGGACCAGGUUUGCUUCCAUCUCAGGUGACCGCCGACCGAGUCCUUCAAUCUUUACAAGGUCCGUCUUCCCAGAUGUCGGGUGUGGUGUCGCCCCACGAGCUCCUGCAAAAGCUCCAUCUGGUCCAGCAGGAGCAAAGCCUGACUCCCCACGACCCCCCGCGACCCUGUCCGGGCCUGGCCCCUCGGUUCUUGGGGCCCACUCAAAGUCAAGGCGCGGAACCGGUCUCCGUCCAGACCGCGGCCUCCGCGGGGCAAAAGGCAGCGCUGCAGUUUCAGGUCAUCUCCCCCCAGCGGAUACCAGCCACUGUGGCGCCCAACCUGCUCCUCUCCCCUAGUGUGUUCACUCAGGGAAAGUCCGGCGGCGGGUUUUCAGCAGUGGCCCAGGAGAGCUGCCCCGGCCCCUCGGCCCAGUCCAAACCCCCGGUGCAGGAGGAGAUCAGGGUCCUGUCCAGAAGCCAGAUUCAAGCCACACUGCUGCACAUGAUCCAGACUGACAGCUCAUUCCUGGACACCAUCUACGAAGCCUACGUCAGCCGCUUCGCUAAUGACUCCAGGAGCAAGUACUGAUGACGCUUCACACCUUCUGUCUGCACAUGUACUCCCUGUCCAGAGCAGUGGGGCUCGUUGUGCUACAUCUAACAUGGAUCUAGCUCUUCCAAUCUCACACACACACACACUUACUGUAUCCUCUCUGCACUGACGAGCCAGUGAACCUCAUUUAGUACCAAGUCGAUUGCAACAACAAAAAAUAAGCAGUUAUCAAAAAUGCGUUGUCAGUGUGUUUCCAUCUAAAAUGACUUUUAUGACCGCAGAGUUUGAUUUUAAUUUGUUUUUUUUAAAACUGAAAGACACGCUCAAACUGACUUGAAACUGGAUGUAAAACAUAUUAAGCAUCUUUGGUUUUCUGUACAUUUAACAAUAUGUUUAAUUGUUAACAAAAUUUGUUGGAUUUUAAUUCUUUUAAAUUAAGUUCAUACUAAUUUGCUUUUACUAUCCAAAUUCUUCACUUCAAUUCAAAUGGAAACUUGUUGUUUUUAAUUAUUCACUCUAGCUGGGAUGAAUAUCUAUUUGUAUUUUAGUUACUGUUGAUAAAUUGGUGUCACGCUAACUCAAAGUAGCAAGGAAUGUACAGGAGACUCAACUUGCCCACAGGGAGCUGGUUCAGAGACUGUGUUUUUAUUCUGGUAAAUGUCACUUAUCUGAUUGAACGUGUUUUAAAGAAUAAAACUAACUGUAGUUUUCAAUUAUUCUUUUUUUUAAAUUUGUUUAACAUGAACAAACAAAAACAUUGACCGUCUUUUGAUGCACUGAAACAUCACCCAAGUUGUAUCACAGGAGUCCCCUCAGCAAUAAUACAACUUUAAUUCAUCAAACAGGCCAUAAAGCCAUAAAAAGCAGCAGAGAAGGUAUUUAGAUGUAUCCAAUAAUACUUGUUUUGAGUUCACAGGCCUGUUGAAAGCUAAUGUAGAAGAAAAUAUGUUCGUAAAGGCACUUCCAAAAUACUGUUAUGAUACAUGUACUGCAUACUGUCACUCACACGCAAUCAAUACAAAUGCCACAAUUGAUUUGGGUUAGGGUUUACUGUUUGCUCUAAGCUCCUGUGAACUUGUAUGAAACCGCCACCAGAGUUCACAAAAACAACAACAACAACAACA